UUCACUUAAAAAUAACGCGGGACAGACAGUGGGAGGGGAGUAAACGUUAAUCCAGUUUGACUCCGGUCCUUAUUUAUGUUUACUUAGAUUCAAGAUAUUAAAAGAAAACGCAGUUUUAAGUUCGACCUCAUCUUAUCACCAAGGCUUUUUGGGGAUAACGGGGCUGUUUCCACCCGCAGCUCUGACAGUAAACUGCUGUUUUUAGCCACCCAGCUGACGUGAUGGACGUGUCUGAGGAUUUGUCUGCUCGGGUUUUAUUAAAACAUAUUCUCACCACCGAGACGCCCCGGACUCCUGUCAGGCGGAGUGCUUCAAAGGAUCCGUCUACCAGCGGGAUCCGGCGCAGUUCCCGGCAGAAGAAGAGAGAUGAGGUCCAAUCCCCCCAGAACAUCUUGAGGCGCAGCCUGAGGCACAACAUCCGGGAGAGUAUAACGAGAAAAUCACUGCCUCAAGGGAGGACUUCCUCAGCCCUGCUCAGAAAGAGUGCUGCACCCUCAAUGCUUUUUAAUGAUGGAGAAACUCCCAGGCAUCUUCUCAAGAACAUCCUGCAGACAGAGCCUAGGAAGUCUCCUGUAGUUCAUGAAAAGGGGGCGUCUGAAGAGCAUGAGCUGCCUUUAUCUGACAACACAGUUACUCGUAGUCGUCCUAGUAUUGAGCUGUCAGGGCUGGAUCUGCCUGAUGUAACUUUUGGCAGUGUUCCAAGCACCGCAAAGGUGCUAACCAGAAAGAGACCACAUCGAAGCCUCAACGUUACAGCUUUUGAAAAACGUCUGAAAGUUGGAGAUGAUGCUGAAGUGGAAAUUGAGAGUUCAGUAGGGGACCAUUCAUCACUUUCUUUGUCAAGUUCUACUUCCUUGAGUCUGAAGACACCCUGUGCUGAUGUUCGAACUGAGAAAAAAGGUCUGCAAAGAAGAGUUUCUAAUCGUCGUAAAAUCACACAAGAAGAAUUUGGGGCAGCUGUGAACAGGCGGGAGAUGGGAGGGGUGAGCAGCGUUGCACUGGUUGAGCGAGAUCUCAGUGAGACGACCCACAGUGAGGGAUUCACAUUGGGUCUGACUAAACUUGGCGAGUCUGAUAUCACGGGUGAUAUUGUGAACUGCAACACAGCUCUCUACGACCAGCCUCAUGCAAUGACCUCUAACUUGUCCAUUUGUGCCGCUCAAGACAAGUCCACAUUCAUGGUGUCGCAACAUCAGAAGGAGAUCCGAAUGAUGGACAUGGGGGACGUGGGGCAGAGUAUGCUGGAGACAGAGCAGUUCAUGUCUGGAUUUCUAAAGAAAGGAGGGGUUGUUACUGAAGCUCAAAACAAUGAAAGUCUUUCUGGGGCUCAGUUGCAGGAAGAUGCAGAUGAAGCUGAACCCCAAAAUCUGGAUGCUCUCGGUCAAAAAGAAGCUUCUGCAUUCUUGUCAAUAUCUGAGGAUGAAGAAAAUGCUGCCCAGGCUCCCCUCAGUAACAUAUACAACAGAGUUGAGUCUGAGGAAAGGGAAGUUGAAACUGAGGACGACGGUGCAGCUGAUUUCCACCGAGAAGACAAAGUUGAUGAGGAGGAGGAAGGUGUAGCUGGAUCUCAGAAAGAGGAGGAGGAGGAUGAGGAGGAUGAGGAUGAGGUGGAAGGUGUAGCUGGAUCUCAGGAGGAGGAGGAGGAGGAGGUGGUGGAGGAAGGUGUAGCUGGAUCUCAGAAAGAGGAGGAUGAGGAUGAGGUGGAAGGUGUAGCUGAAUCUCAGACAGAGGAGGAGGAGGAGGAAGGUGCAGCUGACUCUCAGGAGGAGGAGGAGGAGGAAGAGGAAGAAGGUGCAGCUGAAUCUCAGAUGGAGGAGGAGGUGGUGGAAGGUGCAGCUGACUCUCAGGAGGAGGAGGAGGAGGAAGAGGAAGAAGGUGCAGCUGAAUCUCAGAUGGAGGAGGAGGAGGAGGAAGGUGCAGCUGACUCUCAGGAGGAGGAGGAGGAGGAAGAGGAAGAAGGUGCAGCUGAAUCUCAGAUGGAGGAGGAGGUGGUGGAAGGUGCGGCUGACUCUCAGGAGGAGGAGGAGGAGGAAGAGGAAGAAGGUGCAGCUGAAUCUCAGAUGGAGGAGGAUGAGGUGGAAGGUGUAGCUGAAUCUCAGACAGAGGAGGAGGAGGAUGAGGAUGAGGUGGAAGGUGUAGCUGGAUCUCAGACUGAGCAGGAGGUGGACGGUGCGGCUGAAUUUCUGACAGAAGAGGAGGAAGAGCCAGCUGGAUCUCAAUCAGAAGUGGGUGCAGCAGAACCCCAGUGGGAAGACGUUGAAGCAGGUUCUCAAACCGAGGAAGAGUCCGUGCUGGGCUCUCCACCAGACAAAGAUGAAGAGCAAGAUGGUAGAGCAAAAUCCCAGACGGAAGAAAAUGAGGAUGUGACUGAGUCUCAGACUGAAGAUGACCCCAAUUGGAAAGGGGAUGGAAAGAACAAAAGGCCGGUAUCAGAACAGCUGGAACGUGACUUGAAGCGGAUCAGUCAGAGGGCUCAUCGCUCCAUGGGUGCUCUCAUUAUGCCUGUCACAGAAAUGGGGGAAGAUUUGGUUAAGCCCAACGCAGCAGAGCACAACCCUGAGGCUGGAAAAGAGACUUCCUUUCAUCUUUCAUCUCAUCUCAGUGGACAUCUGGGUGAGCCUCCACCUGAAGAAGCUCCUGCUCAGGAUGAGGAACCAGAAGAGUGGGAAGACGAAGAUGACGGUGAAGAAAGUGAAGAUUUACCCUCCAAGACACCAGCAUUUGUGAGAGAGAAAAGGAACUUUUUUCUGCAUGAUCAUCUGGCCUCACCUUCUGUUAUUAAAAAUAUUCAAGCCAGUGGUGCGACUGAAGAGUUACCUGCAGUGAAACCCAAGAAGGUGAGACAGAGGAAGGCGGGGCCGACCAAAGGGGAGCAAGUCCUACCUAAGACCUACCUUAUGAGUCACUUCAGACACUUUGCCAAAAUGAAGGUCUCUGCAGAUGUUUACCCCGUCUUAAAUGAGACAAUGGAUAAGUUCUUUGGUCGGCUGACUGAGGAUUUGGAGACGUAUGCUGCCCACGCCAAGAGAAAAACCAUUGAGGUUGAAGAUGUUGUUCUUCUGUUGAAAAGGCAGGGUUACGUGAAUGACAAGGUGCCAGUGGAGGUACUUAUCGAAAAAUACCUUCGUAUGGAACAACGAAAGAUCCUAAUCCCUUGUGCAACCAGUGGAAAUGUUGUUAUUCCAAAAAGGCGUAGGUGAACUGUCUGGCUUUAAUCUCUCUCUACUUUAUACAGCCUGUGACAUAUGUGGUAAUUUAAGUUGUUAUGUAUAAAUGUUUAUGUACAUGUUUAAAUAUUUUCAAUGUAUUAUUUGCAAAGAAUUCCUGUAUCAUGGGUAAUAGUGUCUGUAUUAUACUUUAUAAGUAGCGUGUAUAUGUGUAUGUGCAUAUUUGAUGCGUUGAUUUGUGCAUAGUUUUGCUUCAACAUGACUAAAGUGUUGGAGUGUCAGAAUGUGUCGGCUUUUUUUUUUGCUGUUUUUUUUCUUCCAAAGAUGCAUUCCUUUUUGACAGUUUUCAGACUUCUUUUAAAA